AUGUCCGGUGAAAGUGAUAAUAAUCUCAGUCAAGAUGCUAACAAAAAAAUGAGUAAGUCUUCAACAGGCAAAAGGAAGUUCCACCAAAAGUCCCGAAACGGUUGUCUGACAUGUAAGAAGAGACGAGUUAAAUGUGAUGAACAGAGACCGGUGUGUCAGAAGUGUCAGCAUAUGAAUUUGACCUGUGGGUAUGCUACAAAUGGGAAUGACGGGUCGCAGAAUGAGAUAGACCCACAGUCGGUAAAUAAGAAGCGGAAGGUGUCAACAGAGUCUAUUUCUCCCGGGAGCGAAUCUAACGAGUCUAGCACGCAACAAGAGGCAUCGAGUAUCAGUCCGGCGCCAAAUAUGGAGCCCAAACCUGAACAGGUGAUAGGAAAGGUUACGGGAAACUUAUUGAAUGCCGGUAACUUGAAUAACCUCAAUUUGAGCCAUUUGGUGAAUAAUUUGAGUGGCGUCGGAGGAGGAGGGUUGAGUUCGCUAGGAAAUUUGGCCAGCUUGACCAAUUUGGCGACGCUAGCACAAUUGCCUAUUGAUUUAAGUAACUUGGGCAGUCUCAUUGAUUCGCAGAUCCACUCUGCUGUAGCCAAUAAUACUGCCAACAACUCACCAUACAAUAUUGACUCGCAUACGGAUAAGAAGGGGAAUGGAUCGACAAGCGGUAAUGAAGUCAACGUUAAACAGGAAGAGGGCACGCACGGACAAUCAGAUCUGAUACCGCAAGAACCCGAAGUACAACCUCUGCAUAGUCACCCCGACGAACAUGAAAGGCCUUCACAACCACACGGAAGCGGAGCCAUACCGAACAUAUCACCUAAUGUCAAUACUCUGCAGUCGCUUUUGACCGAUAAUCCUUUGAAUAAUCCCAUGGCAGGAAUGGGGUCGUCAAACCUAAACAUGCUAGACUUGAGGUUGAUGUUUCAUUACACUUCUCAGGUAGCAAGCACAAUUACAGGAGCAGGUAUAUCGGAUACCAAUAUAUGGAAUUACGACAUCCCCAUGUUGGCGUUUGACCAUCCAUUUUUGAUGCAUUCCAUUCUAGCCUUUAGUGCGACACAUUUGUCCAGGACUGAAAAGGGACUAGAUCAGUGUGUGACGUGCCAUAGAGGCGAUGCAUUGAGACUAUUGAGAGAAGCGGUGCUAGACAUCAACUGUGACAAUACGGAUGCAUUGGUAGCGAGUGCCUUAAUUUUAAUCAUGGAUUCAUUGGCCAACGCAUCGUUUCCGCUGUCUACUUCUCCCAAAUCUCUCCCAGCAUCUGCAUGGAUCUUCCACGUCAAGGGAGCCGCUACAAUAUUGACGGCAGUAUGGCCGUUGACCGAAUCAUCUCGAUUCUACAAGUUCAUAUCCGUCGAUUUGGGCGACCUCGGCGACAUAAUCAGCCAACGCGUCAACGUCGACCCCAGCAAGACCCCAGGCGACCAGAAAUUCUUCACCGAUUUGGAGUGCCAUGACUCUGAAAUCGCUGACUUGUUCCCGGUCGAGAUCGACUCCCCAUACCUCGUUACCCUCGCAUACCUCAAUAAACUCCACAAAGAACGCUACAAGUCAGAUUUCAUCCUCAGGAUCUUCGCAUUUCCCGCCCUCCUCGACAAGUCCUUCCUAUCCCUAUUAAUGACCGGCGACAUCAAGGCAAUGAGAAUCAUGCGCUCCUACUACAAGCUCCUUCGCUCUUUCACUACAGAAAUGAAAGACAAAGUCUGGUUCCUCGAGGGUGUUUCCCAAGUUUUACCCGUCGACGUCGAGGAGUACGCCGGGGGUGCCGGUGGUAUGCACAUGAUGCUUGACUUCUUGGGUGGUGGUCCAUCCAUCAUAGAUAAUGAAAUUGACGAUGAAAUUACAAAAUUUGACCCUAGUGGAUCCCUUACAAAUCGCUUAAUUGACACUAAUAAUUUACCAAGCGAUAUCACAAGCAACCUUGAUGUCAUGCAAGGUGGCAACGGCUUCAUGAAUAUCAAAUGA